UAUUAAAAUUUAAGUUAUUAAUACACGUGUUUUUUAUCUUGUUUAAAUGGCUUAUCAAAUCAGUUUAUGUAUUGGGAAAAAUCAAGUUAUCCAUAUCCAAACUAUUUAUUGCUAAGUUUCAUUCAGUUGAAGAAUAUAUAAUUGACGUUUGCCAAUGUCAAACAAAUUAAAUUGAUUAGUUCAAUAGAAUUUUAAAUUUGCGAAAUUUGUAAAAUUUAAAAUAAUUCGGGAGAACAUUCAGCUGACAACGCCCAGUGAUCCUUAUGUCAACACGGCAAUGGUAGAUAAGGUUAAGUGUCGGAUAUUCAAUGUAGAUGGAAAAGUAGGAGAUAUAAAUCAUUAUUUUUAAGACACGUUAUAUUUUAAAUAUUCAACACUAUUUUUUGAUUGGAAUGGCUAUACGUGGAUUAUCAAAAAGAUAUACCCAAAUUAUACUAUUAGGAUUAAUCAUCCACGUAUUGCUGGUGCUGGCAGCAUUUGACCUGUAUUUCUCCAGUCCCCUGGACCAUGGAAUGACACCAAUUAAGACAACAGACAAACCAUCCGCGAAACGAGUAGUUCUGUUUGUGGCUGAUGGCUUAAGAGCUGAAGCUAUCCUUGGAAGAGACAAAGAACAACGAACACCGUUUCUGACACAUGUUCUGAAGCAUAGGGGAUCCUGGGGUGUGGCACAUACCCGAGUGCCGACAGAAUCGCGACCGGGACACGUGGCGAUGCUGGGUGGCAUAUACGAGGAUCCCAGUGCAUUGUUUAAAGGAUGGAAGCACAAUCCGGUAAAUUUUGACUCCGUCAUCAACCAAAGCAAAAAUGCUUGGUGUUGGGGUAGUCCGGACAUUUGCUACUUAUUCAACAGGGACAAUCUUCCCCAUAUACAUUUGCAUUCGUAUGGCGCAGAAAUGGAAGAUUUCGGAAAGAAUAAUACAGAAGUCCUGGAUGAAUGGGUAUUUAGUAAAGUCAAAAGUACCUUGAAGAAUUUAGAAAAUUGCAAAUUUUGUGAUGAAUAUUUCACAACGGGUAAUCUGUUUUUCCUUCAUUUACUGGGAAUCGACACAGCUGGUCAUGCCUUUAAGCCUCAAUCCAAAGAAUACAUAAGUAACAUUGAAAUGGUAGAUGCUAACAUUAAUAUGACUUACAAUUUGUUUGAGGAUGUAUUUAAAGACAAAUCAACUACAUACAUAUUUACGUCAGACCAUGGAAUGACGAAUUGGGGAUCCCAUGGUGCAGGGUCUGACCAUGAAACAGAGACUCCAGUUGUUGCAUGGGGAGCUGGGAUUAAAAUCAAUAAAAAACGUAGGGACAUUCAACAAAUAGAUGUUGCGCCAUUAAUUGCAUCGUUAUUAGGUAUAAAUAUACCCAUAAAUUCUCUUGGUAAACUGCCCUAUCAAUAUUUGAACACUUCUCAGCAAAAUAUUGCCAAAUUGAUGAUAUCAAAUGUUCAACAGUUAGUUCAAAUUUUUAACGUUAAAAGAAAUCGUAUUAAAAACAAUGCCAUGAUAUAUGUACCAUUCAAGGAUAUUUCAUCGGAAUAUUUACGAAACGUAAUGCAACAACUGGAUGAUUUAUAUGAUAGUCAGAAAUAUGAAAUUCUUAUAGCUAUGUGUCAAACAUUUAUGGAAGAAUUAAUUAAUGGCUUAGAUUAUUAUCACUAUUACUAUCAACUACCAGUGUUAGUAUCAGUAAGUAUAGGAUUUAUUUCUUGGUUAAUUUAUUUGAUCAUUUCAAUUGUUUCCGAUCCCUCCGCAAAAUAUACAAAAAGAAAACCUUCUUAUGGUAUUCUUUUAAUGAUCAUUGUGGCGACUCUCAUAGUGUGUUUUAAGCACAAAUUUCCUAUCACUUACUACCUGCACUUUCUAUUUCCUGUUAUUAUGAUUUUUAUUUUAUGUCAAAAGAAAGAUGUUAUCAAAGAUAUUAUCCGUGGUAUUAAACUGUUUGGAAUAACAAACACUGUAAUAAAUUUGCUCUUUUAUGUAAUUGGAAUAGAAUUAUUAGUACGAGGUUUCGCUAAUAGAUUGUAUUACAGUUUUUUGAUGAUUCUAACAGGUUUAUGGAUUACAAUGUCAGAAUCCCUUAGAGAUAAUACUAAUUUAAAGGACAAAUUCAUAUGGAUUGGUUGUUCAUUAAUUCUAGCCAUAUUUCCAGCCUUGCCAGUUAUGAACACCGCAUUUAAUGUACCUUUCUAUUUAUUGGGAGCCAUGGUAUGGAUUUUAUAUUUCGUUGAAAUGUUUGGGCAUUUAAGUUUAUACAAGCAUUUGGAAAAUCUAAAUUGGACAUGUUUCAGUGUUUCAAUACAAAUGACUUGUUUGGUUGGAUCAAUUGUUUAUAUGAUGGCUUUAGAAUUUAAUUACUUUUCAAAUGAAUCAUGUAUAAAGUACCUUGCAUGGUUUCUAGCGUUGGUUCCAAUAUUUUUGAUACCGCAAGUUUCAAAAAUUAUUCAUAUACGUUUAAUAAGUAUAUAUUUUGGGUUUGCUCCGUAUUUUCUUUUGGUUACGUCUAGUUUUGAAGGACUUUUCUUGAUCUUCUUUAUUAUACUACUUAACCAUUGGCUUCUUAUUGAAUGUAAAACGUUUAAAAAAGAAAAGGCAAUAUUUUUUUCAAGUUUUGACUUUUACAAUGUAUCUGAAAAUAAAUUUAAUAUUGAUAUUUUUAGACGUGGUUUCUUGUUUAUGGUGUUCAUAUUUCUUGGAUUUUUUGGGAUGGGAAAUAUAGCUAGUAUAAAUUCUUUUGACCCAAUGUGGGUAAGAGCCUUCCUUACAGUAUUUAGUCCAUUUAAAAUGAUGAGUAUAAUCAUAGUUAAAAUCAUAAUUCCAUUUGUAUUUGUUUGUUGUAUAUUUAGGGCAAUUAACACUGUAGCAAAAGAGAAUAUGUUGAGUAUGUUUUGUAUUAUUUUAGUGUUUUCUGAUCUCAUGGUAUUGCAGUGCCUAUAUUUAAUAACAAAUAAAGGAUCAUGGUUAGAUAUAGGUACAAGCCUAUCACAUUUUUUAAUAAUGGAAGGUUUUGUGACUAUUAUACUCUUUCUCUAUGGAAUAUCACAAAUACUGACCACUAGUAAAUAUGUGAAGGCUGACCAAAGUAUUUCUUACAAAUUGUUGUGAUAUUAUUUUAUAUGUUUAUGUUUAAUAAAUAUAUUGAAUUAUUAAUCUUA